UCUCGACAGCAAUAAUGCAGAAGCUGUCGAGUUUGCUUUAGAAAAGUUGGAGAAUGAAAUGAAGAAUAAAUUAUUUGCAUAUCGUGGAAUGGAAGCUGGCAUUCUCAGAAAAUUGUGCCAAUUAAUCCAUAAAUCUUGUCCAAAUUCAAAAACUUUUUCAUUGGCUUUAAAUAUCCUAAAUCUUAUAGCUAAAAACUUUUUUGGGUCACAAUUAAUAGCAGCAAAUGAUGAAUUAAUGGAAAAAGUUUUGGAUAUCGUGAAUGCACGAGUUGGCUCAGAAGACACGUGCAUGGAAAUUCUACAAACACUCAGUGAAAAUCCAUCUGCCUUAAAAAUCCUUUUACAAUCAAAUAAUUUCACCGUUGAGCUUCAAAACAUCAUUGUCAGCACAUCAAAUGAGAAAUUCUUUUCCGUUCUGUCAAAUUUUAUCGCAUCGAAGCCAGAAAUGUUUGCAAAACUGGAUAUUCUCAAUUCAUUGAUCAACAACACAUCAAAGUCGAAAGCCCUUAAAUGUUUAGCAUUGAUACUUGAUUGUGAUGACUGUAAGCAUCAUGCAAUUGAAAUGAAAAUUGAAAACAUAUUGUUAAGGAUUCUGAUUGAAACUAGUGACGAUAAAACCAAAACAUAUGCCAUUAUGGCAUUUAGGAAUUAUUUGACAUACAGAAAUAUUUAUGACGAUGAAUUUCCAUGGAAACGAUUGUUGAUGAUUUUGAUGGGAAAUGCCUACACAAAAAUUAAUGAAUUAUUACAAGAGUCGUGCAUCCAAACAAUUCGAAUAAUGAGUGAUGCUGCAAUCGUGAAAAAACGACUGCGCAAAAUUCACAUGACAAAAAUUAGGAACAUUCCACCUUUAACAGAAAAUUCGAGAAGCAUGAAGGCAGAUCUUUUGGAAUGGCUGAAAUAUAAAAAUUACAAAAAUAACAGCAGUUCUGAAAAAUAUUUGAAAUUGUUGAUUUGAAGCUUUUGGGGACUCUGUGGAUUGAUUUUGAAGAUGUCAUGUGAAGGAUGUAAUAAAUUCUGUUCAUUGUGCUGGAAAGAAGUUUAUAGACUUGAUGUCUUAAAUAUUUGAUUAGAUCUAGGACAUCUUUGACUUAUUCAGAAAUGAGAUGAGAGGGAAGGCAUAUCAUAAUACCCGACGUACCCCUCACAGAUGCUUAAAGGUUUUGUUUCAGGUUGGACUCUACUUGACUUUAUUAAUCCCUAAUAUACCUUUGAUUAGGACUUAUAUAUUAGUUAUAAUCAUCAUUAUGAAAAUCGCUGAUAAAGUCAUUGGAUGAGCCAAAAUUCUGUCGUUGACUAUUUUGUUGUUGUCCAAAGAAAUUUUGGAACUGAUCUUGUUG